ACACACACGCACCCACCCAAACAACACAGGCGCCUGGCGGAUGAAGACGAUGAACUGUCCGAGGUGCAGCCAGACGCGGUACCACCGGAGGUGCGGGAAUGGUUGGCGUCCACCUUUACCCGGCAGCUCGCAACGACGCGGAAGAAGUCGGACGAGAAGCCCAAGUUCCGCUCGGUGGCGCAUGCCAUCCGGGCCGGCAUCUUUGUCGAUCGGAUCUAUCGGCGCGUUUCCAGCACCGCCCUGAUGCAAUUUCCGCCCGAAGUCGUACGCGUGCUAAAGACUCUUGACGAUUGGUCAUUCGAUGUGUUUGCGCUGGCUGAAGCGGGCAACUGUCAGCCGGUCAAGUAUCUCGGGUACGAUCUGCUGAACCGGUACGGCAUGAUACACAAGUUCAAGGUACCGCCGGCCACACUCGAAACCUUCCUGACGCGCAUCGAGGAAGGCUACUGUCGGUUCCGGAACCCGUACCACAACAACCUCCAUGCAGCGGAUGUCGCACAAACCGUACACCACGUCCUUUGCCAGACCGGGCUAAUGCACUGGUUGACGGAUCUGGAAAUAUUCGCCACGCUGCUGGCAGCGCUUAUCCACGACUACGAGCACACGGGGACGACCAACAACUUCCACGUGAUGUCCGGUUCGGACACGGCCAUGCUGUACAACGAUCGGGCCGUGCUGGAGAACCACCACAUCAGUGCGGCGUUCCGCGUGCUCAAGGAGGACGAUUGCAACGUGCUCCAGAAUCUGUCGCGGGACGAGUACCGCGAGCUGCGGACGCUCAUCAUCGAUAUGGUGCUCGCGACCGACAUGUCCUUCCACUUUCAGCAGCUGAAGAACAUGCGCAACCUGCUGACGCUGGCCGAACCGCAGGUGGACAAAUCCAAAGCCCUCUCGCUGGUGCUGCACUGUUGUGAUAUUUCGCACCCGGCCAAACGCUGGGACAUCCAUCACAAGUGGACGAUGCUGCUGCUGGAGGAGUUCUUCCGGCAGGGCGAUCUCGAGCGGGAGCUUGGCCUACCGUUCAGCCCGCUGUGCGACCGUAACAACACGCUCGUGGCCGAGUCGCAGAUCGGUUUUAUCGAAUUUAUCGUCGAACCGAGCAUGACCGUCUGUGCGGAUAUGCUCGAGAUCGUGCUCGCACCGAUCGCACCGAUCACGUGCAACGCAUCGAGCAGUGCCGGUGCGACGGCUGCAACGGGCAGUGGUAGUGGUGGUGGCGGCGCGGCCAACAAUACGUCUAGUAGUAAUAGUAGCAACAACAAUAAUAAUAAUAAUAACAAUAAUAAUAAUAAUAGUAAUACCAACGUCAACAAUAAUAGUAGCAUUAAAAGUACUACCAAUACUCUUAGCGUACCGAACAACAAUACGAACAACAAUGAAGCAAUAAGUAGUGGUGCGGAGGGCAAGGAUGGUGCUGAGGCGCCGGCCAGCCAAAGUGCCGGUACCAACACCACGACGAAGAACGGCAGUGCCGAUCCGAACGAGAAGCCGAACCGCUUCAAAAUACGCAAACCGUGGACGAUCUGUUUGGCGGAGAAUAAGAAAAUCUGGAAGGAACAAGCCGUCCGUGAUGCGGAAGCAAGGGCAGCAGCAGCAGCGGCAGAAGCGGCCGCAGCAGCAGCCGCAGCAGCCGCACCAGAAUCGAACGAAUCUUCCGACGGACAAUCGACGGCUGAUCACGGUGGUACCGACGAGACAAAACCAGACGAAGCGGACACAAACUAAGCCGCACAGCAUAAACCUGGCAUUACGGUAGCAAAUAUUUUUACGUGCACACACACACACACACACACACUAAUCCAUGAGCAGGCCACAUGAAAAGUUGUUAAAGUGGGUGCAAAGAAUAGAAAAAAUAUAGUAAACAACAACAACAAAAAACAGAACAAAAACAUAAAAAACAAGAUGAUAGUAACUUUAAACAAAACUUUAAUAAGCGUGUAAAGAAAAGCGUACAGAACAGAACACAAUAGUAGUGCAACACUUACUAACUAUUCUGAUCGAAUGUGGCUGAGAUUUAGCAAAAAAGAAAAGAAAACAAGAGAAGAAAAACAAACACAAUGGUUGACAAGUGAAUAAUCGAACAAAACAGCGGGAAUAUUUAUUGAUACUGAAUAAAGCAAAAGAGACAACAAAAAACAAACCCAAUCACAACAGCAUAUUGUGUUUACGCGUACACACACUUUAGCCAAAAACAAAAAACAAAACCAAGCAGAAUCGUUCGUUACAAAAGUGUAACUUGGGGGGAAGGGGGCAAGUAAAAUGGUAACCGGCGAUUAGGGCAAAUGGAUCCGAACACAGCCGGCAAUAGAAGUGCACAGCAAUCAGACAACAAACGAUAUAUAUAUAUUUACAAAAACCGGAACAAACAAAGAAAAAAAGCUCUAUUUCUACAAGCUUGCACAACCAUUACACGAUCAUUCAAUCACACACGCACAUUGAUCAGUAGAAGAUGCAGAAAUUAAAGGCACGCGCACGUUCACACAAUCACAUCAAUACACCCACCCCCCCGGGGGGAGGGAUGGUCUCAUCAGCAUUCUUAGCAUAGGCAGACAAACUGCAACAAGGCCGUGUAUGGCCGAAAACACAGGCGAAAAACUCACCACUGAAUUGAUAGAAACAGAAUUACUUCUAUUAGAGCUACCUGACCUGAAGUUUGUUAACGAAAGUAAUAAAACUCUUCUAUAUUUGCUGUUACGGAAAUAAAUGCAAAGUCUAAAGGUUCGAGUAUGAUUAAAUAGAUUCGGUUUUUUUU